CCCCUGGAAUCCCCACGCGCACCAGCACGACACGCCGCAGCAGCACUCCUUUGCUUCGCUUCCGCUUCCGCUUCCUCCCUCUCCACCGCCUAGAAUCGCGAGCGCCCCCGCGUAGAUCGCUGCCGGCCCGCCGCCUCGCCGGGGAUCCUCUCAUCAGAGAACUCCACAAGAUGCAAAGGGGAAGAGGCGGGAGGGGUGGUUUCUUUGGUUUCGGAGACCCCUUUCCUGGUUUGGGCGGUUUUGUGCCACCUGGUGACCUUAUGUCCAGUUUCUUUGGUGGGACAAAUCCGUUUGAUGAUCCUUUCUUUACGAAUCCUGCCAGUGCUAUGAUCAGACCUAGCCUGUUUCAGCAAAGCAUGUUUAGGCCAAGCAUGUUUGGGCCCCACAUAGAUCUCAAUGGAGGAGUGAUCAAUUCUGGAGGCUUCCAACAGCUAGGUCCUGAACCAAGCCGGCCAAAAGGGCCAAUAAUCAAGGAGCUGUCUUCAGACAAUGAGGAUAAUGCGGAGGUGAACAAAGAAGAUGAGAAGACGAAAGCCAACCCUAUGAAGCAUCCAAGGAUAGGCAAAGAGCCAUAUGUGCAGGACCCUGAGGAAGAAUUUCAAGAUAAUAAAAGACAUAAGUGUGAGCAAUUUGGGAGGGAGUAUGUCAAAGCUGGCACAUCAUACCCCCAAUCGCAGACCUUCAUGUUUCAGAGCUCAACAGUUACGUAUGGUGGUGCAAAUGGGGCCUGUUAUACCGCUUCCACCACUAGGAGGAGUGGUGGAGAUGGAGUUACAAUUGAAGAAAAUAAAGAAGCAGACACAACUACUGGUAAAGCCACUCACAGAAUUGCACGCGGAAUUGGUAGUAAGGGUCAUGCAGUAACAAGAAAACUUAACAGCGAUGGAAAAGUUAACACCAUGGAAACUUUGCAAAAUUUGCAUGAAGAUGAGCUUUCUGGGUUCGAGGAAUCAUGGCAAAGAAAUGCAGGGCAGUAUUUGCCUGGUUGGGAUCCCAGAUACAACAUGCUUAGCAGUGCAGGAACUCUACGCCCUGGCAUCCGAGAGGAGAAUGGAAUGUUUGCGCUUCCAGCAACCAGUGAGAGGUUUGCGCUUCCAGCACCCGAUCAACCCCGUGGCCCCAGUUCCUCAAGGAUGAAGAGGCGCCUGCUGAACGAUUCUUCCCAGGGCCGUCCCCGCUCAUGAGUUCCUCCUUACUUUAGCAGGAUAGCACAUAACCUGCACGGUUUGCACGCACAGAUAUGAUGUAUCCCUAGCUCACUCCGGCUGUUCAAGCAAACCAUGCAUGCUAGCUUCAGUGAGCAUUUGUUUUAGAGUUCUGAUCUAAACGAGUACUCUCGUGUGAAGAAACACUGCCUGUCAAGUGAUCCUGGAGCUACUUUGUAGUAUAACUUGAAGUUCUACGAAAUGUGUAAUUCUGGCUGACAGUUGAAUUGCAUCUACUCGGAGUUGAAUAUGAAAUGUUCAGAAAUGACUUGAAAGGCUGCA